AUGUCUUUCUUUCCCUUGAGGAUUAAAAAGGUAGAUAGAUUAUCCCACAGCUUCAUUUUGGUUGGUAAUGACUGUUUUCCUUUCUCUGCAGAGACAGAAUGUGCUGAAGAUAUGGUCCCUACUACUGCUGUAGUGCCUACAACUACUAAACAGGCUACCAGCCAGGCUCCAACAGCCACUCCAGCACCAACAGCAUUGCCCUCAAACCCUGCAGUUGGUAAAUACAACGUGACUGGGCCAAAUGGAACCUGUGUACUUGCCUACAUGGGGCUACAGCUUAAUAUCACCUAUCUAAAAAAGGAUGAAAAGAUGGGUUCGGUAGUGCUGAAUUUCAUCCCAAGGAACACAACUUUUUCGGGGAGAUGCGACAAUACAUCUGCUUUGUUGAAUCUGGCUUAUGAGAAGACAAGGGUCAUCUUCCUGUUUGCAUUGAAUGCAAGCUCUGAAAAGUUCUUCCUGCAAGGUGUGAAUGUAAGCACGAUUCUGCCUUCUGAAGCUGAAAAUCCACAAUUUGAAGCCUCAAACAACAGCAUGAGUGAGCUGAGAGCUACAGUAGGAAACUCCUACAAGUGCAGCUCUGAGGAGAACCUGCAGGUCACAGACAAUGCCCUGAUCAAUGUAUUUAAUGUUCAGAUCCAGGUUUUCAAGAUCGAUGGAGACAAAUUUGGGGCAGUGGAAGAAUGUCAACUGGAUGAAAACAACAUGCUGAUCCCUAUAAUAGUUGGUGCAGCCCUUGCUGGCCUUGUUCUAAUUGUCUUGAUUGCUUACUUGAUUGGCAGAAAGAGGAGCCAUGCUGGAUAUCAAACAAUUUAAUGACUUGCACUAAAAUCCACCGUAGAGGAAAAGCAAUUGCAAGAGGCUGUGGGGGGGGAAAACCCAACCCCAACCCCACACGUUUCCCCUGAGCUAAGAUUGAUAUUGUAAGGUAACAUCUUUCCUUGCAAAUUGCUUCUUUAAAGUCUGCUUUAUUAAAUGUGAAAUCAUCUUGCAGCAUUUAACUAUGCACAGAAAUAACUUCUGAAAAUUCUGGUGUUUAAUUUUGCUAACUAGUUUCAAAUAUUUACCCACUUAGAAACAAGCUACAAGUUUUUAAGGGUGCUUUUUUCUUUUUUUUUUUUUUUUUUGGAAUUGGCAUUAAGAUCAUGUCAGCUAAAGAUUCCAGAGAGAGUUGCUAAUUCACACUGACUCAGUUUUCAGAACUCUUAACAAAGGGAAAAGGUUCAUUCUUUGCACCUCCUGUCGAGCAAUGAUGUUAAUGAUCCUGAUGAAGCAUCUGAAAAAAAAACCCUCUUAGUAACAACUGACAGAAUUGAAAGUCUGAACUUCACCUUGUCUCUUAGGGUGUGUGUUUUUUACUAAGCUUUAAACUCAAGGCCUGGCCCAUGCAGGGUGUGAAUGACACAAUACCCAAACCUGACAGGAACUCUUGAUAAUUGGACAACUCCCCUGUUUGAUAUUUUUGAUGCUCUGCCAGCUCCUUAGGAGCUGGGACUUUUUUAAAAUGGGUGUUAUUUUUAUUUACCUCUUUUUUUCUUUUCUUUUUUGUAAAGUGAUUUUGGUCUGUUCUGUUGGAAGGCUCAGAGAGAUCCUGUUACUGCACACGUGUACAAUAUAGAUCUCAAUCUGCUGAUUCUCUUGCUUUCAACUUGGCUGGGGGGUUGUACACUUCAAGGAUCAGUUCGUAUGUAAUGCAUUGCCUGUAACAAUGCUAAUAAAGACAUUUUUUUUU